GCACACAACAGAACCUCUUUAUUCUCUCAAACACCACAAUGGCCAAGGUUCACCCUCAGGAACUCACAUCUUCUCCGUGCCCAACAUCUCAAAGAGAAACAUACACUCUAUGGAUGAAAUCACUUGUCUUCCACUCUAAUGGUUGCACUGUCUAUGAUUCAAAUGGAGACAUAGUUUAUCGAGUUGAUAACUAUGACAGAAAGGGUAGAAGAGAAGUUAACCUGAUGGAUCUAAGAGGCAAAGUUCUUUGCACCAUAAAAAAGAGAUUACUAGCUUUUGGAUGUUGGGAAGGCCACAGAUGUAGCAGUUCUAAUUGGAUAAGCCAGGAACAACCAUGGUUUCAAGUUAAAAGAUGCAACCAAAUGAUCAAAGGGAAAGUAGCAUGUCAGAUUACAGUAGGGUGCCAAAAGUAUUGCAUAGUAAGAAUUAGUGGCAAAGAAGCAGCAUUUCGGAUAGUAAACAUAGAUGGACAAAUAGUUGCUGAGGCAAAGCAAAAGCACUCACCCUCAGGGGUUGUUCUGAGUAAUGAUGUUCUAACUUUGGAUUUGGCUGCGGGCACAGAUCAUUCUCUUAUAAUGGCUUUAGUCACUGUGUACGGAUUGAUAUGCGGUAUGAUGUAAAUAAUACCCAGUUGGUCCAUUCCUUACGACAUACACAAAUUUAUUCGGAGGCUCUGAUUCAGGAUGCCUUGGUUCGCCUGUGACUGAUUAUUAUGUUGUUUCCCUCUUUCACUUUUGUAAAUUUUCUUAGUGACAAGUUUUGUAAUCAGAAUUUUGCCUAGUUUGUGUAAAGAUCAUGAGCUCCAGCAGGAUCAUAGAGUUAGGGAUAUAUCUAUGUACACAUAUUGUUUAUAGAAGAAACAUGAUACAUUAUACCC